AUGCAAAAUGGUGUGAAAAACCAACAACCAGCGCAGAGGAUACAAAUAUACCCAUCCACUACCACUGGAGUUUCCCCCUUUUGGAUAGUUAAGUAUGAAAGAGAUGCUAAGAAGUAUUGGGAUCAGUUCUACAGACGGUAUCAAGAUAAAUUUUUUAAAGAUCGGAACUACCUGGACAAGGAAUGGGAUCAAUACUUCUCUAGAAGCGGAAGAAAAGUUAUUUUGGAGGUUGGUUGUGGUGUUGGAAAUGAUGUAUUCCCUCUAAAUGUUACAUACCCAGAGAUUUUUGUUUAUGCAUGUGACUUUUCACAACGAGCAAUUAAUUUGGUUAAGGCGCAUAAAUACUUUGAUGAGACUCGUGUAAGUGCUUUCGUCUGUGACCUGGCCACUGAUGACCUUAGCGAACAUAUUUCUCUUGCCUCUGUCAAUGUUGUAACCAUGAUUUUUGUGUUAUCUGUAGUAUCGCCAGAGAAGAUGCCUUUAGUCUUACAGAAUAUCAAAAAAAUUCUCAAGCCAAAUGGUCAUGUGUUGUUCCGAGACUAUGUUGUUGGUGACCUUUGA